AUGGUGAUGAGCCGGUUGAACAUGCUGGUGAUCCUUCUAAUUUUCGCUUACGUUGCAUAUGCGGCUCAACCAACUUCUUUGGAUGAAAAGGUCAAAGCGCUCCAAGACUUGCUGUAUCGACAGCCAGCGGUGCGAUUGAACAUGGAUCGCUGGAAGACAUUUGUGAGACAGCAACCCCGCAACUACAGUAUGUUUGUGAUGUUCACUGCACUGUCGCCAGGAGUGAACUGCCCCAUUUGCAAGCCGGCCUAUGACGAGUUCAUGAUUAUGGCAAACUCCUAUCGCUACGCUCACGCUGAACUAAAGCAAGUGUACUUUGGAGUUGUUGACUACGAGGAGGCCCCCCAGAUUUUCCAAGCGAUGAAUCUGAACACUGCUCCAAUUUUGUACCAUUUUGGGCCUAAGCUACAGGGCAAGAAGAAGCCUGACCAGAUGGACUUCCAGCGUCACGGGUUUGAUGCUGAUGCCAUGGCACGUU